AUGGCUGGUCCAGCCACUCUCCUUGUGUCCAUCGGGCACCAAGCAGGGGCUCUCCGCACCCUCCAGGCUGCCGCAGCCCCCCAUCCUCCCCACAGCCCCCUCCCAGAUGAGCCCAGGCCAGAGAGGGUGGCCUGGCCAUGGCUGGAGAGGCAUGAGACGCUUCGAGAGAUGGCUCUGCACAGCAAGAUGUCCCGACUAGCAGAAGCGACUUCCCGGCUUGUACAAGUAGAACAGACUCUCCUGCUCCCUCUCCUACAGCAGCAUCCCUUUUCUCUCCACGCAAAAGAUGGCAUUGAGAUAACAAACAUCUGUAGUCACAUGGCUUUACAAAGAGAGGGACGACAAUUUGAGAGAGACUUAUAUGAAGCCCACUAGUUUUUGAAGACCAUCAUAGAGGAACUCAUAUGUUCAUUGGCAGUUUUCCCCUCAGAUACAUAUAUCCCAGUCCGAUAUGCUCUGAGACAAAUCCUGCAAAAUCUCCUGGCAAUGUGAAACAGCAGGCUGCUUGGCCAAGGAACGAGCAAGGCCAAUGAGCUGUAAUGGUGCUAU